CUUCAGUAUUCAGUUUGUCUCCGAUCAAUCGAGUACAUCCAAGAUGAAGAACGUUGUUAUCUGUUCCAUCUUCAUUUGUGCAGUUGCAGUUUGGGCUGAAGAGAAAUAUACUACAAAGUUCGGGAAUAUCGAUUUGGACGAGCUUCUGAAGAAUGACCGUUUGUUGAACGCUUACUACAAAUGCUUACUGGACGGAACUGGUUGUACUCCUGAGGGAGAGGAAUUAGGGAAAAUCCUACCGGAUGCUAUUCAAACUGGAUGCGUGAAAUGCACUGAUGAACAGAAAGCUGGAGCUAAGAAAGUGGCAUCUUAUCUGAUAAAGGAAAAAGCACAAUGGUGGGAAGCAUUGCUCGCCAAGUACGAUCCUGAUAACACUUACAGAGUGAAAUUCAAGGACCAACUCAAAGCUGAAGGUUUCGACCUAUGAUGGGUUUUCGAUGAAGAUAUGAAGAAUUUGGACCAUACGUUUCGAUUGAAGUUUUCUGAAAUUCUUGUUUUUAGUGAUAUUCCAAAGACUUAAUUAAAUUUCUUUUCAUGGCA